AACAAUGAUCCUUGCGUCACUUCCCCCCAUUAGAAAAUACUGGCUAGCUGGCCUUAGCAACGGAUGAAAGCAAUAAAGGAGAGCCUGGUGGUGCCAGCUUUCUGAUAUAUUCAUCCAGGACAAAGGUGUUUCAGAGGAGAUCAAGAGCCAGUGCUAUCUAGAAGAUGGUGAAUGAGAAGGAGUUUGUUCGGAACAUAGGUCGAAUUGAACCCCGAUCGCUUAGUUUAGGAUUGCUCGUCGGAUGCUUUCUUGCCUUGAUGACCUACAUUUCGACGUCUGAUCGUUAUAUAAAUCCUCUACCAACUGUUGGUUUUGCAGUUGUAUCCCGACUAACACCAGCUCAUGGAGUUCCUACAACUCCCAUGGAGGAACACAAGAUGAAAUCACCACCACCAGAUGCAGGACCAAGAAAUGCUAUAGAGGAGAAUCAACUAAGCAGUGAUCCUUCAAAUCCGAAAUCAGAUCUCUUCAAGAAGAAUGAUGUUAUUGAAGAGCGAUGGAAGUCAUCAUCUAUAAUUCAUGAUGGUGCCUCCGGAAGGAAAGAUGCAGUGAGCACUCAACAACUCGAGAGCAAAAACAUCAUAGAGGAUCGGCAUGAAGAGGAUGGCGACAACAGGGUCCCAGAUAAAAAUUCCUCUGCUACUGGUGAUUCAACUAAGCAAGAAGAUAUCAUCAAUCCCACGCAACUAGGUGAAAGGAGUGAGGAUGUCAAGCCUCAAAGGAAGCCAAUGUGUGAUUUUUCUAGUCCAAGAUCUGAUUUCUGUAAAAUGGAAGGAGAUGUUAGGAUUCAUGGGAGGUCCUCCUCCGUGGUGUUUGUUACUUCCAAUCAAAUGGGCAAUCCAGAACCAAAUGAAUCGUGGCGGCUUAAAACUUAUCCUCGUAAGUUCGACAAAACCAUAAUGGAGAAAAUCAGGGAAGUGUCCGUUAAAUUGUCAAGUAGUAUUGAUGCCCCUCGUUGCACCCUUAGUUAUAGCAUCCCCGCCAUUGUAUUCUCGGUUGGGGGGUAUACUGGAAACAUAUACCAUGCCUUCAGUGAUGCACUGAUUCCUCUCUUCAUAACUUCGCGGCAAUUUAAUGGAGAAGUCCAGUUACUCGUAACCAAUACACAGCAUUGGUGGGAGCACAAGUACCGCCACGUUCUGAAAAAGCUCACUCGAUAUGAAAUUAUUGAUUUCGAAAAUGAUGAUCAAGUUCGUUGCUACCCACAUGUGAUCGUCGGCCUCGAAAGCCAUGAAGAUUUGGUCAUCGACCCCUCGAGAGCUCCAAAUGGGUAUUCCAUGGUGGACUUCACAAAAUUUUUGAGGAGUGGCUACUCUCUUGAUCGAGACUUACCCAUCAAGAUGGGGGAACAUCCUGAGAAGAAGCCAAGGCUUGUCAUCAUAGAUAGACACCUAACUAGAAGACUUACUAAUGUCCAGGAGAUUGUCAAAAUGGCCAAGAAGUUGGGCUUUGAGGUGCUGAGAGCAGAGGCCAAGUUUGAGACUGCAGUUGAUGAAUUUGCACGCAUCAUUAACUCAUGCGAUGUGAUGAUAGGCGUGCAUGGGGCCGGCCUCACAAAUAUGUUUUUCCUUCCAAUGAAUGCAGUGUUUAUCCAGAUAGUCCCCUGGGGUAGGUUGGAAGGGAUAGCUAAGUAUGACUAUGGGGACCCUGCCAGGAACAUGAAGCUGCAGUACAUGGAGUAUAGUAUCACUGAAGAAGAGAGCACUCUUAUAGAUAUGUAUCCUAGAGACCACCCUGUGUUCAAAGAUCCCAUGUCAUUUCACAGGCAAGGAUGGAUUGCUAUGGGGAAAGUAUACCUAGUUGAACAGAAUGUGAAGCUUAAUUUGAGAAGGUUUAGACCUGUUCUGCUGAAAGCACUCAAGCUCCUGCAUUAACAAUAGAAUAAAGGCAUUGGUUGUAUGUUUAUUAUUCACUCUUUCAGUUAAUUAUUAUCUCACUGUUUAGUUUGUUUUUCAAGAAAGAAAGAGUUUCUUUUUUUA